UUGUCACUGGGCGUUGAGAGAACAGAGACUUCAAGGCCAAGACCCUCCAACACCCUGGCAGAUUGGAAAAGUAAUCGAUAAAUCACGACACAGUCGCUUCGAAUGACCUCUCGGCCCCUGCUCCUGAGUGUCAUAAGCCUUGACAUAAGGCCUCUACUUUGCCACUUGUUCCCAACUUCAAGAGCAGCCCACUUUCUCAGGGGACAGAGAUGCAACAUCCAUCCACACCUCUCGAUGUCUCUCACCUCAGGACGUCCUUCACCCCGUCACCCCGUCACCACGCUCCGUCCAGGCCGGUGGCGGCCAACGCGUCGCUUGCAACGCGCUCUGGCCUGCAGCCGGUCCCAUCCGCGGCUGAGGAUCUGAAGGUCAUUUCGGGAGGCACUUCAGAAACGAUUGGAGUCAAUGGGUUGGUCGACGAGCUGAGGUGAGAAGGCUGGGAUGUCGAUGUUGCAGGUUUCAGCUGUUACACACAUUGAUGCCAAAAAUAGCGGUGAAGAGGCUUGGGCCCAAUGUCUCAAUGGUUCACAACCUGAAGCUGGUGGGAAAAAGAAGCUGGUAAGGUGAAUCACAUGUUUCAUUGGGCUUGCAAUUGCGAUUUAUUCAGGGGCAAUGUGUUUGCAUGCAACCCUGCAACUGCUGCACACACACACAAGCUGGAUGUUUGACGUUCUGGGUCCUAGACGCAAAGGGCCAACCAUUGAAAGUCGCCACACAAUCCUCAGAGAGUCGCCACACUGCGUUUUCUCCCGCAGCCUUUCGCAGCUGUUCAAGUUCGGCUGGUCUCAAGUCGGCAAACAUGGCUCGCCAGUUCUGCUUUGAACAGGUCGGUGGUCGGUACAAGCUCAUGGAGCCUGGAGAGAUCGCGCCAGUAAUCAAGCCAGCCACCCCUGAACAGAUCCGCGCCACGCAGCAGCGGUCGGCGGUCAAGGUGCAAACGAAGGCACUCAAGGAGGAGAGACGUAAGGAACUUGAAUGGAAGGCGGUCAAGGAAUUUCUUGACUUGCAUCAGUUCCGUGACGUGAAUGAUGUGAAGGUCUCCUGGUUUGGGCUUGAACGCUCCUAUCCAAUGACAGUGGCCAUGCAGGAAAGCAACUUGAGAAUGAUGCAGCUGCUCUUCAAGUUUGGCGCCAACGGUGCGCGGUGUCCGGACCGCCGAGCCCUUGGGCCGGCAGCGAAGCUUCGCUAGUGUCCGAUGCUGGUGAGGGGGCGCGCAUGUUUUUAUAGAGGAGGCUGGCAGUGGAAAGAUGUUAGAUAUACAUAUAUCAUAUAGUUACCGUGUUAUUCAACGUCUCAAGUUUCC